AUGGGCAUCAAGGAUCUUCUCAGGUUCAUGAAACCUUACAUCGAACCCGUCCACAUCAAGAAGUACGCUGGUAAACGCGUGGGUAUUGAUGCUUAUUCAUGGCUUCACAAAGGGGCUUAUUCGUGUAGUAUGGAGCUUUGUCUUGAUUCUGAUAGCGAAAGGAAGUUGCGAUACAUUGAAUAUUUUAUGCACCGAGUUAACUUGCUUCGCUACUAUAAAAUAACCCCAGUUGUUGUUUUUGAUGGUGGCAAUGUUCCUUGCAAGGCAGCAACUGAGGAAGAGAGGAACAGAAAAAGAAGUGCUAAUCGUGAUUUGGCAAUGGCGAAGCUCAAAGAAGGGAAUGUUAGUGCAGCUUCAGAUCUCUUCCAGAGAGCAGUGAAUAUUACUCCCCUUAUGGCAUAUAAACUAAUUCAGACUCUUAAAUCAGAGAACAUUGAGUUCAUUGUAGCUCCAUAUGAAGCAGAUGCUCAGUUAGCAUACAUGUCGAACCUUGAAGCAGAAAAAGGUGGAGUUGCAGCAGUGAUCACAGAAGAUAGUGAUCUGAUAGCAUAUGGCUGUCCAGCUAUUAUUUUUAAGAUGGACCGUCAUGGAAAUGGUGAAAGAGUUGAGUUAGAGAAGGUUUUUUCUGCUGAAUCUAGGAGACCUUCAUUUCGUAGUUUUGAUAUGAAACUCUUCACAGGUAUGUGUGUCUUAGCUGGCUGUGAUUUUCUUCCAUCUGUUCCUGGAAUUGGUAUUGCUCGAGCUCAUGCCUUUGUUUCCAAGUAUCAGAACCUAGAUCGCAUCUUGUCUGUGCUUAAGCUUGAGAAAGGAGAUCAAAUGCCUGAAGAUUAUGCCAAAUCCUUUAAAGAGGCUGUUGCGGUCUUUCAACAUGCUCGGAUAUAUGAUAACAAUGCUAAAGAGCUUAAGCACAUGAAACCCCUUCCAGAAAAUUUUCUAGAGUCACUUGAUGGAAAACUUGAUUUCUUGGGACCAGAAAUUCCCCCAUAUGUAGUCACAGCAAUAGCUGAAGGAAACUUGAAUCCAUCAACUAAGGAACCCUUUGAUAAGUCUAAAUGUUCUAAAUUUUUUCUACGCCCCAAUGAUCUCCAAAGCUUUGAUCAAGUCCAUAAAGCUGAAGUUCCUGCACCAUUUAGACAGGAGAAUAGCUUUUCAAUCAUUGGUUCCAGUUGCACCAGAGAAAAAAGUACAGUCAUAAAAUUAUUUUUCUCCAUAGUGACAAAGCUCUUAGAUGAAGAGAAGUAUUCUGCUGAAGCAUUGGCACUUCAGAAACUAAUCAUGCCAUUGGAAAAAAAUGGAAUAGAAGAAAAGACCAUUGUAGCUGGUGACACUCCUUUGAAGGUUCCUGCCAACAACCCAUUUAGGAUAAGACAACCUAAGGAAAUCUCUGGAUAUCUUUCAAGAAGAGGGGUCUAA